AUGGCAGUCUUGGAGCAGCAUGGAGGUAUCGACUCGGAGGACGUUGGGGAUGGAAUUGGUCUUGGGAACCGAUUCGUGAGCAGAUUCGUGUCAGGUGCGAACUGCCUGUGA